ACCAAGUCAAGCAAAGUACAUUCAAGUCUAACCAACUAAAAACCCAAAAAAAUCAACCAAAAAUGAAAGUAUUCGCUAUCAUUGCUGCCUGCAUCGCCGUUGCAUCUGCCUACGGAGGAAACGCCGGAGGAUACGGAGCCGGAGGUUACGUUCAACCCUAUGGACAACAAGUUCACUCGUACCCAGCUGCUGCUCCCCGUGUCGAUUGCGGACACAACUUGCUCGUAAGCUGCCAACCAACAUCCGCAACUGUCCCAUGCGUUCCAUCAUACGGAAAGGGCGGAUAUGGAGCUGGAGCUGGAUAUGGCGGUGCCAUGGGAGGACAUGGAGGAGCUGGAUACGGAGGAGCUCAAGUUGCUGCUGGAGGAUAUGGAGCUCCCGCUGCUGGAGGUUAUGGAGGCAAAGUUGCCGGAAAAGCUUAUUAAGAAGUUUUUUGGGACAAUUUUCUCGUAUUGAUGAUGACUUUUGGCAAACGGUUGAAAGGAUGACGAUUUUUGGAGGGAAUUUAUUUUUCAAAGUGUCUUAAAGAUACACAUUCUAUCAAAAUGUUAAAAAGGAAACUUAAUAAAUCAAAAUUUGUUUUAUAUUA